AUGGCUUCCUACACAACAGGAGACUCUGGUAUGACCCGUCAGAGCUUCAUGGCAUCGAAGCUCUCCCUCAAAAACAAAGUUACAGUCGUAACGGGAGGUUCUCGUGGAAUCGGCCUCGAUCUCGCGGAAAGCACUGCGGACCUCGGAAGUGACGUUGUCUUGAUGGACAUACGCGAGCCGCAGACAGAUUUGAAGGAACUCGCUACGAAAUACAAAACGAGAUUCAAGUUCUACCAUACGGAUGUGACCGAAAUGACGAGCUUACAAGCCUCAUUUGAUCGAUGCGUGAAUGAUUUGGGGAAAAUAGACAACUGUAUUACGGCGGCGGGGGUGGCGAUGGAUAAACCCUUUUUGGAUCACACAUGGGAUGAAUGCCGUAAACUGUUAGACGUCAAUGUUCUUGGUUCUUUCUUUUGUGCCCAGUUAGCUGCACGACAAAUGAAAGAGCAACAAACUGGAGGGUCAAUUGUGAUGAUCGCAUCCAUCGCAGCUCAUUGCGCUAUUCCGGCACAGAGAGUUUCCAUGUACGGUGGCACUAAAGCUGCAAUCAAGCUCCUGGGUCAGACGCUUGGUGCCGAGUUAGCUCCCCUGAAUAUACGGGUGAACACGGUUUCUCCGGGAUUCAUUGCCACUGAUAUGUCCAAGCAAUUUACUGAGCUACAGGAUGUGUUUCGGAAUGUGCCUCCUCUUGGUCGAAUCGGGGAAACGGGAGACUUGGCAAUGGCAGUCGCCUACUUCUUAUGCAGUGGCUCUUCUUAUACAACCGGGGCUGAUCUGGCUGUCACUGGGGGUUUGCACAAUGGUCGGAUUGAAUUAUAG